UCAGCGGCCGAAUGUCAACAAUGUAGCGACUGAGAGUAGGCGUCCUAGUCGAGUGUAACAAACAGCUUAGACGGAGCUGCAAGCCGCGCUGGAUCACCACGCACGCAUAAGCACGCGCGCGCACGCACACGUACACAACAGACCGUAGAAUCGUAGACGUUGUGUUUUUGGUAGGCUAAGUGAGAACUAGCCGAUUUGCACCGACGGGAGAAGAAGUGACCCAUCUGCAGCCGGGAGGCUUUAAGGAAACGACAAAGCGAGCCAUCAUGUGAAAGAACUUACGUUGGAAAAGGACAAAAGGGCUGGAAUACGAGCAGAAUAGAAAGUAAAAGGGCGUGAGCGGAAUGUCCGUGGAUGAGAAGCCUGAAGCCCCCAUGUAUGUGUAUGAGUCAACGGUUCAUUGUACCAAUAUUCUCCUCUGCCUCAAUGACCAGCGGAAACAGGAUAUUCUGUGCGAUGUGACUGUCCUGGUGGAGGGCAAGGAGUUUCGCGGGCACCGGGCCGUGCUAGCCGCCUGCAGCGAGUAUUUCCUCCAGGUGCUGGUGGGACAGGCGGAGAAUGGUUUGGUCAUUAGCCUUCCUGAAGAGGUCACUGCCAGGGGAUUUGCCCCAUUGUUGCAGUUUGCCUACACUGCUAAGCUGUUACUCAGCAGAGAAAACAUCCAGGAGGUCAUCCGCUGUGCUGAAUUCCUGCGCAUGCACAACCUCGAAGACUCAUGUUUUCGCUUCCUGGAAGCUCAGCUGCGCAGCGAGGAUGAUGGCUUGCUGCCCUACCACAAGGUGGCUGCAGAGGCAAACAACUCAGAGGAUGAGAGUAUGCAGUCAGAGGUGGAAAAGCCCACCUCCCCCAGGGCACGGCGGUGUGCUGACACCCUCACCUCCACUCGACGCCCUGACAAUGAUCGGCUAGCAAUGGCUAUGCCCAGUAACUUCUCGGAUGGCCGGCUGGACUUUGAUCGGCAUGGAGUGUCAGACUUGCCACGAUGCCCCAAGUACAGGAAAUACCAGUGGGCAUGCAACAAGCACAAUAAUGACACCUCCUCACACACCAGUACCUCAGGUUUUCCAAGCACAUUAAAGGAGAGCAGCAUUAGCGGGGCAGUGCCAGGUCAGGGCAGGCUUCCUUUGGCACAGAUCAAAGUUGAACCACAGGCAGAGGAAGAGGCCAUCUCAUUGUGCCUGUCAGGGGAUGAGCAGGAUGUCAGGGAUAAGGACAGUGUAACAGCCAUGGAGAUGGACAACCCAAUAUCUAUGGAAAGAACCAAGCGAACCAAGUCUCCUUCCUGUCUCCGAGCCCUCUUCAAGAAAGGGAUGGACCUCCCCAGCCUGCCCAACACAUCACAGCAGCUAUUCAAUAACAGACUUGUUUGCCCCCAGGACAAAGGAAACUCUCAGGGAGAUCAUAAAAAAGACUUCAGGCCUUUCCCUGGGGAGCUGAAUCUGUCUGUUACAUCCCCAAAGGACAUGGACAGUUUCCCUGUAGGUUUGUCCCUUAAGUCUGCUUCCUGUGAUGGGGUCUGCAAACAGGAAGUUGAGCUAGACCGCCGUAGUGUCAUAUUUUCCUCAGGGGCCUGCAACCAUCUGGGAACCCCAGCGCAUUCCUACCCUGGUGGGAACUCUUUGGAGAUAGAGCUCUCUGAGCACAUGCCAAAGGGCCUGUGGGCUGGAGCCAGCCAGUCCCUCCCCACCUCCCAGACCUAUUCUUCCAGCACCACCUCCACUGAACCUCCACUCCUAUGCCGCCCACGGCCCAACACCAGCUGCCCAGUGCCAAUAAAAGUGUGCCCACGCUCACCGCCUUGUGAGACACGUACCAGGACUUCCAGCUCCUGCUCCUCAUACUCAUAUGCGGAGGACGGCAGUGGAGGCUCUCCCUGUAGCCUGCCCCAAUUUGAAUUCUCCUCCUCACCAUGCUCCAACGUGGCACGCUGCCUCAAUGUGGACCAGCAGGACCAAAGUGUGGGAGGGGAUGCCCUUUUUAACCAAGUGCGGCCCAAGAUCAAAUGUGAGCAGUCCUACGGCACCAACUCUAGCGACGAGUCAGGGUCCUUCUCAGAGGGAGACAGCGAGUCCUGCCAUGUACAGGAACGGGGGCCAGAGGUGAAGCUCCCUUUCCCUGUAGAUCAAAUCACAAAUCUUCCACGGAAUGACUUCCAAAUGUUGGUGAAAAUGCACAAACUGACCUCGGAGCAGCUCGAGUUCAUCCAUGACGUGAGGCGGCGGAGUAAGAACCGCAUCGCGGCACAGCGCUGCCGCAAGAGGAAGCUCGACUGCAUCCUGAACCUGGAGUGUGAGAUUAGAAAACUGGUGUGUGAGAAGGAGAAGUUGCUGACGGAGAGGAACCAGCUGAAGGCGUGUAUGGGUGAGCUGUGGGAGAACUUCUCCUGCCUGUCCCAGGAAGUGUGUAGGGAUGUCCAAUUGAGUCCCGAGCAGGUCCAGUCUUUACACCACUACUGCCCCGUGCUGCGGCCUGCCAACUCCACUGCCAGCAACAAUGCCGCCCCUGAGCCCAAGCCUCCCUGCAGCCCCACCACCGUCACCAACACCACCACCACCAGCAUCGACCUCACCAACCACUCGGGCUCGGCCACGCCAGAACCUAGCUUCCACGGGUCGCCUGGCCCCUCAGAGAGCGAGCCUGACUUGGCUGUGAGAAACGGAGCGGACAAAGAUAUGGACGGCCAAGAUGCCAGCUUGUACACAAAGUCCGAGCUGUCCACUGAAAAAUCCAACCAGACGGUAACAGUUGAUUUUUGUCAGGAAAUGACUGACAAAUGUACAACUGACGAACAGCCAAGAAAGGACUAUACUAAGUAGUGGUGGUUCUCUGUGUUGUUGUUUUUGAUGUUUUUUUAAUUAUUUAAUCUUAUUCUUCUGACAAACCCUCUCUCGGGGUUGCUGAGAUGUUGGCCUCCCCCAGUGUUCACUGAAAAACAAGCUUUGUAUGUAUUUAUGUCUUUUUGUGCUGUCUCUUUUUUCUCUUUUUGAAUGGUUGACACUAAAGUUGUCUUAACAGCAGCAAUACUGUUCUCCAGGUAUUUUCCUCUUACUAUGACAGAGUGGGAACGUCUCACCAAACCUUUACAAUGGUGCUACACUCGGCCCGGCAGCAACCUCCACAGUGGAGACUCUGUUCUUCAUGUGUCGUUCAUCACAACUCAUAGUUCAACCUUAUCGGACCUAAACAGCAGCUCUCUUUGUCUCUCUGAGUACCAACAGUAUCUCUGCUUCUGCCUUUCUCUUUCACAUUUCCUCCUCUCUCUUUCCCACUCUGUCUUUAACAAUUUUCUCUACCUCUUUCUUUCUCACUUUCUUUUUCUCUCACUCUGUGGUUCUUUUCUCACUAUAUCUCAGUGGCCCUUUUCGUCACAGCAAUUCAAACUCAGGAAUAAAAAUCCUCUGAAUGUUCAAACUAAUUCAUGAAAAAUGAGAAUACAGUUUCCGUACACGAGGAAGUUACGAUGCAGUUAGACUGUAAAAUGUUCAUAUGCAAAAAUGUCUUCAAGCGUCUCACAUUUGUAAUUCUGUACAGGAGAACUUUGUACAGGCUGCAACCGAAAACAUUCCUCCUUUGCCUUCCUCAGCACUGAAUUGAAAGGAAAAAAAAAGGUUUUUAAAUUUUAAAAAGGUGGUUAAAUUACUAUUUUUAUUUCCCACUCAUCAGCAAUACCAUUGUAUUUGGAUGUUGUAACAGUGACUGACUUUCAAGUGCUUGUUUGGCAGAAAUGUAUAUAGUAUGGAGCAUGAUGACUGUAACAGUGAUUUUGUACAGGUAGAGGCUUAGAUGUUACUUUUUCACCGGGGUUAUAUUAAGCACCUUUUUGCUAAGGGAAAAUCUUUGCUUUGCUGUUUCCUGUCCUGCCUAAUGAAUAUUCCCCAUGAUGGUGGGUGUUCUUAUACUCAGGAAAUCAGCUUGAUACACAUGCAGACACUCACAUACAGCACAUACAGGCACAUGCGUCAACACACAUGUAUAUUUUUUAGCCCCAUGCAUGUAUAAAUUUAGACAUUCAAUAUGUAUUUGUAAUGCGCAGCUCAGGCCAGCUCCUCUCCACCUUUGACUCAUCUUUAAAUGUGAAAAAAGAGUUUUGCAUUGUGUUUUUUUGGAGUAAAUCUUAUUACUUAUCAGUAUUUUAAGAUGCUAUUUGUGUACACUCUCGCAGACAUUCUCUGGGUUUCUUCAGUGUUGCCAUGUGAUGCCGUUUGACAGCAAAAAGUGCAGCCAACAUCUACGUGACAGAUACUUAAUUUUUUUCAAAUUGAUCCUGAAUAAGAUAAACACCCUUUUAACAAAAAGAUUUUAAAAAAUCAAUGAAUUUGAUUUCAUUCCGGCACUUUGUUUCCGGCCACAGAGCCAUUUAGCACUUCAUUGUCUUUGUUUCAGACCCUUUAGAAGUCUGAGACUGGAGCACUUAAAUUGGCACUUCAAGAGGAUACAUCUUGUUGAUAUGAUAAUAUGAAUAUACAGUAAAAAUAUCUCUAUGAAGAAGACAUAUCUGAAACCUAAAUACAAAAGGAAUCUAAUGUUUUAGUAUUAGAGUGUUCACACCUUAUAUUUGUAUUUCUGUAGGCCUUGAAUAAGCUAAUUCAGGAUUCAUUUGACGUGAAAGCAGUGUAUGUGUUGUCAGAAUGAUUGAACAACAAUCAUAUAAGAUAGUAACAUGUUUGCCCUAAUUGUGCAUUUGUUUGAACAUCUACUUUGUAAUGUGCAUGCAUGCUGCCUAUAGCUAUAAGCCUAGUAAGAUGGUCCAGCUUCUGUUUGCCUCAUAAGUUCUGUCUGGAACAGUCUGCGUUUAAAAUGACUUUUUAAAUACUUCUAUGUAUAAACAAGCUGAAUUAUCUCGACUCUCAGUGGAGGCAAGCUUGGAAGUACAAGCAGGGCCAUGUUCUAGUACAAAGGUGGAGGCAGGCUUGGAAGUACAAGCAGGGCCAUGUUCUAGUACAAAGGUUGAAUUCAAUUGGAAUGCGAAGCUUUAUUCAUUGCUCUUUAAAGCCCCAAUCCAAAAUGGCACUCCUGUUAGCCUAAUAGAGAGUUUAAGCUAAUGUCACCUCUGGGCUAUCCACUCUUGCAAUAGCUUCUGUAACUCAGUGUAAUCUCUCAUUGAACAUUUCUGUCAUGGUCUCUCUGAAAAAAGAGAUAUUUUUCCCCGAAGUUUACUAUCCAUACUAUCAUACAUAAGAAAAAUGGGUAUCUACUACAGUACUUGGUAUUACACAUUAAAACCCUCUUUGAUUAUAACAAAGCUAAAUGACAAUGAAUUUUUAAGCAUUGAAAAAAAAGAUAUACCAUACUAUUGUACCUGUGAAGGUCUUAUGACUUGCAAAGGUCUUGGCUGCAUUAAUUUACCAUCCUUAUUAUCAACUUAUUAUCCCUAUUACAUCUUAUUCCAAGAGUAAUUAAACAGACAAAAAAAUAUUUUUGCACAUACAUACAGUGUAGACUGUAACAUAUGGAAUUAUAUCAACUGAAUAAAUGUUGUUAGCAAUACAGAUAAAACCUCUAAAUGCUGAGUUAGACACCUUCGCCUGUUUUGGAAUUUUAACUGCAGCUAGAAGGUAAUUCUAACUAAUGACACUGGCAUUCGUAAUGUCACUGUAUUACAAAAAAUGCAGACCAGCAACAUAACAUUUCUAAACAAUAUGUUGUAUGGUUCAUGCACAGUCUUUAAUGAACACCAUUUACUUUGCUUAAAUCACGAAAGGUUCAAAUUCUAAUCAAAAGUACUGAUGUAAAUACUAAUUUAUCUUAGAAUAUGGAUAGAAAACACCAUUUUGCUACAUAUAGCAGGCCAAAUAUGGGUGCUCCUAACCAAGCCUAACAAUUAGCCACAUCCCCUGACUCCUACCUACUCCCUCACCCAAUUUUGUGAUUUUAUUUGGGUGCAUUAGGUGGGAUGCUGGAAGUGUUUCAUUACUCUGAAAAAUCAAUGUGAACAUUUUGUGGGCAAAUAAAUCUCGGAAUGGGGCUUUAAUGUUUGGAUAAAAAAUUUUGAAGUUCUACCCCAGAGUUUUACUGAUGUAAAUUUUAGAGUUUAAAACAGCAGUUUAGAAUAUGAUCUCACAUGUGAGACUGUUUUUCUUAAACAGCCAAACAGAGUAACUCUAAGUGUAUUUUAUAAACCUGUCUUUAAGUUGUUAAAAGACCAGUCUCUAUUUUGUAGAGUACAUAGUGCCACACAUGCACAAACACAAACAUAAACAACAUAUAUUCAUAUAAUAAAUACACAGUACAUACGUUGUGACACAGCCUGAGUGCGGAGAAGUAGUGAUUCCUCAUCAACUGGUGUGGCUUCACCGGUUUUUUCAGCCUUUUUUACUGUUUGUGCUCUUUAAUUCUUGUAUGCAUAUUUAGUGAAGCAGAACAGUAUUUACCCAUGUGGAGAUUCUACCAGGUUAAAGCCAGAAAAUUAAGGUGGAACAAUGUACAUUGAAGAAACUUCUUCUCUGCAAACUUUAUGCAACACUUUCUAUUUGUGUGCUUUUUCCUUUGCUUGAUCUUAAAUUGGGGAAAACUGGUGUUGGAUUGGAGAGCAAAAACUCCUUGACUUUGUUUUUGUGUUUUGUGUAACUAUUGUAACAGAGGACCCUGGGCAUCUCUUCAGAUGUGCUCAUAAUACUACAGGGACAUUCUUCUUUACUCAUAGCAGAGUUUCUGUUACCCUAACAUACCUUCUUUAUGUCGCUAAUUCAACAUAACAAACUCUUAGAUUACCACAGAGGAUUAAAUGAACAAAUAGACAUCCCUGAAUCAUACUUUCCAGUCAGAAAAACGUUUGGUCCUGACCUCUGAGCUCUUUGAGUCUUAAUGCAUGCUCCAGUACUGACUGUUGGGGCAAACUACAAUCCUUCAUCCAUCCUCUGCUUCAGUGAUGAGAUGAGGUAAUGUCAGCAAUGUCAACAUCUUAAUUGGUCCCUAAAAACUGUCUGGUUUAUACCCUGGGGAAUCAUGUCCACUGUUGUUUAAUGGGUCAGUUUAAUCAAAUUGGGUGGUUCUAAUGGAAACUUAAACAAAACCAAAAUUCCAGCCAUCACCAUUGUAUUGUGAUGUCAGCAAAAAUCUCAAACAGUUUCAGAGCUUUGGCAAAUGACACCAAAACUAAGUGAGAUAAGUGAGAAAAUAUGUUUUUAUCAUUUGGGUGAACCGACCUCUUAGUGGCUCAGAGUGUCAAGCAUUUAAAUCUGCUCUCUAUAUCGCUCAGAAGCUUAGAAGUAGAAUUUUUUGAGUUGCCUUUUUUCGACUCAAAAAAGGUCCUUUAAAAUGAUUUAAUAUCAAUUAAAGCUGCAUUAAUUGAUUUUUCUGGCCACUUGGGGACAGCAGAACAAGCUGAAAACACAACAUUGACACAUUAUCACCUUAUAUGGCUAAGAUUUUAGCAACAGUUGCUUAUUCACACAUCCAGCAGAAACAGUUAUGUUUGUGUCCACCGGAUGAAUGUAAGUCCAAUGUCAACUCUCCUUUUAGCUCGGAUUUGGUCUCCACCAACUCCUGAGAAAAAGUAUGUGGCUCUUAAGCCGCCAAAUGCUCCACAAUGUUCACCAUCUAGUAGCUAACUUUGUAUGUCUGCCAUUUGGUGCUGAGAAGGUAGUGCAAAUUGAGUUUAAUAGAGCUUUUUUUUUUUGCUAAAAACAGCUGCCUGCUGCGACUGGAAAUGAGACUGAUGAAAACAGAGAUUGCUGAUUGUAAAGCUAAACGAGGCUGAAAAGCUCUGCAGAGCUGAAGGGAAAUGCAGAGUUGGUGAUAAUUCUCUGCUGGUUCGUCACUACGCUCGACCCCUCUCACACUGCACCGACAGCAGUCAUCUGAUUCAUUGUUCAUAUACAAAUGUUGAUAAGUACAACUUUAAAAUGAUGUUACAGAAAUAAUUAUUAGCAUAAAAAUCACCUAUAAUAAAUUUAUGAAAUUGAUACUUACAUAUGAGGAAUCGUUCAGGUUACUUUGUGCAGGCCAGAAACUUUUUGGUUUAUAGCCAUUACAACAGAUGGAUUUAAGUGAACAAUUUUGCUGUUGUUGUAACUCUGUAAUUGAAUGUUCUUACCUUUUUUGCCGUGUAUUUGUCUUUUUUAGUUAACCUUUUUUUUGUUGCUGCUUCUCUGAAACAAACACUGGCUUUUCAACUCCAAAGGUUGUUCUAUAAAAGAAUAUGAACAAAAACAUGCCUUUCUCACAGACUGCUCAGCUUUAUUGAGUAAAAAAAAUCUGGUUUCCUGGUUGAAUGCGCAGGCUGAGAUCAUUGAAGAUAAAAUAUGAAAAUGGAAUAUGUUUACAAAUAAGUGUCAUGUCAUGUAUCAUCAGUUUUUGCCAUGUAAAAAUCACUUGGUUUCAAUUUGACUGGUUCUUGGUUCUUGGUGUUGUGUAAAGAGACAAAGAAUGAGUUUCCUCACCUUGUCUUUAAUCCAACUUUCGGGAUGGGAUAGUAUCAUAUGAAUACAAGUGCACCUCCAAUAUUUGCCUUAGAACGUGCAGAGGCCACAUUCAAGUGAAGUGAGUGUAUACAGGGGCCUGGGCCCCCAUCCCUAAGUCACAAAUGCGGACUUUCUCACACUUAUCUACCUGUGAAAUCCUUCAUACCUCUCAUAACUGGUCAAUGACUGUAUCAGCAACUGCAUCAGGUGUUUUUUCUACAUGCUUUUUACACAGAUUAUAUGGAUUAUUGUAUUAGUCGAUUUUGGUGCACCAUUUUUAAUGUAAUAGCUCUUAAGCUUGUAGUUCAAGUUGUUGUUUUUUUCUUUCAUUUUUUUAGAUGAUUGUUUUGUGUUAAUAUUGUUCAUUCAAAAUAGCUGUUAUUUGCUUAUCUCUACUAAGAGUUCUUACCUUUAUAAUUUUUAAAUGCUACAUGACCCUAAUUAAUUAAAAUUAAUAACCAUUGUAAAUACAGUAUUGUGCAAACCCAAUUUUCAUUAAUUUCAAUUGCUAGUGUUAACUUUUUUGUCUAGACACCAUUUCUCUUUAUGAAAUAAAGAAACAUG